ACAACUAAUGACCUACUUAUUAGCUAUAUGAUGAGUUUAUAUGCCUCUAUAACAGUCUGAUCAUCCACCUUGAAAUCAUUUCUGAUGAAAUCUAUGUUAUACAAGAUAUGGAUGAACCUAUAAUAUUCAAUCAGUAGGUCUAUAUCAGAGUCUGGAGUAAUAGAAGGUGAUAAUCAUUCCUUAAUGAGGUUUUUGAGUGACACCAAAUCGAGUUUGGAGGGUUGACCAAUGCCUUUGGGAAAAUUUAGUAACCUUCUACUGUAUAAACAUUCGUUUUAUGAGAUAUCUAUGCUAAUUGGAAGCCUCAAUAGAGUUAUUAAAGUAGUACUGUACUGUACUAGGAUAACUCCUUGACUGGUCAUUUCACAGGUGAUCUUUCCAUGUCUGUAUUUGUAUUUUGUCUUUUGUUUGAGUUUGUUAUUGGAUUUAUAUUUUGUUGAGUUUGUUAAAUUUGUUGAAUUGUUUUAUUAGUUUAAUUCUGGGGUUUCUUCUUUAUUUUUGGGGUUGUUCUUUAUUUUUUGGGUUUGUUCUUUAAUUUUUGAGAUUUGAAUUAUGGCCCUAAUGGCCGCCCAUACUGACUGGCUGUAAUACUAAACCUAUAGAGUCAUUAUCUUUAGUUGGUGACAAGCAGCUGAACGAAAGGGAGAAGGAUAAAAAACAUAAAUCGUCAAGACAUCACCACGUUUUAGUUGGGAAUAGUAUAAUUUAUAUUAUUCCUAAUGAAGAUAUACAACAGAUUCGAGUUUCACAACGAACAGAAGCUCAUGUUCCACAGAUAACUGAUGAUGGCAAUAGGAACUCAAAUACAUCAUGCAGAAGAAUUGGAAGUGCCUUCAGAUGACUAUAUGAUGCCUGAUUUUUUCAUUGCAUCUGGUACUCCAACUGUCAUAUCUUUUUUCCUUACGAAAUGGCUCGUACGCUAUACUGCAGAGCAAGUUAUAGAAGACUUUUUGGAUGAUGAAAGCGAUGAUGAAAAUGAUGAUUUUAAGCCACAUUAUGAUGAAAAUGAAGACGUAUCAGAUGAAGGGGAAAUAGGCCUAGGCCCAGGGAAUGAUGAACUGCCGGGUGAAUUGCCAGGAAGUGGUGGUAGAGAAAGCAGUGGAGAAAGCGAUGAAGAAGAUGGUUAAGUGCCUAGAAGAGCAAUUGAUACAUUGAACUGGAAAGACCAAGCAUAUGAAGAUGCUUGGUUGGGGAACUUCUGUACUGUAGGGUGACCUUCUAUACAAGGCCUAAGUUUAAUUAAUAAUUUUUUAAUAAUUACAAUAAAAUAAUAAGUUGGUAUAAUGAGUUGGUUGUGCAGAUACUAGAAUAGAUUUCGAGGGAUAGGCCAGGCCGAAUUGCUAGGUCCUAGGCCUAGGGGUGCAGCCUAGCCUAGGCCUAUGUCUGGUAAUAAAUUAAAUAAUUAUGUCUCUGUUGCUGAUCUUAUUUGAAAUAAAUAAGAUCACCUACUAAGGCAAUGGGAAGCUUUGAAAUCAUACUUUGGGUCAAGAGCUGAAAACCAAAAAGGCCGCUCCAUACACAACCGUCUAUGUAAUCCAAUGAUGCAAGUUUAUGCUUCAUAUCAUAGUGUCAUUAAUUAAGAGAGUUACAACUGGAAAUGUCCGUUUCAUUCAGCUAAGUUUAACAAAUUGUGAAGUGUUGGGGACGAUCCAAAUUCGGGUGUGCAUUUGAGGGCGAUUGGGGCCCAGACCUGAAUAUCCCGAAAAUGUAUCAAUGGAUAAAAAUAACAAUUGGCAGAAUAGAACAGAAAAUUAAAUCGUGCCAGUACGUUAAGAGAGAAGAUGUAAGGGACUGGCAGGUGUAUAACUUGAUACGAUAAAAGGCGUUCAAAAAAUGAAGUGAUUAUGAUUAUAUAUUGGUGUCGAUAUUAGGACCAUUGAAAGCAAAACGUCGUAUAUCAGAUAUCUCAAAAACAAAUCAACUCAUCUAAAUCAAACUUUUGUUUUAGUAUAAUAUUUUUUAAGUAGAUUGUGGUUGGUGGGGAAAGCGUUUGCCGUAGGGAUGGUCAUAGAAUAAGGGGGUAACAGUGUGGUCUCUGUAGUGAUAUGCUGCCCUCAACAUUAUGCUGCCCUCAAUCUUACUACAGCUUACCUCAAGGCAGCCCGUGGGACAGGCUUAAGGGAGUCGCCAUUACUAUGUAUAACGUACAGUGUUAUUAAAUAAAAUAUUGAUGUUCUAUA